GAGGCCGCAGAUAAGCCGCCGCUGUAAACACGAGCGACUGUGCCUUUACCGAAACAAAACCUUCGCGGUGGUAAAUGUGGGAGCGAUGAAUUUAUUCGCUAUGGUUUUGAUCAGACUCUUUGUGAUAUUUUACUUCUUAAGUGAUACCAAAGGUCAGUAUGAGACUCGCCUGAAUAAGUACAUCCGCCACUACGAAGGCUUGUCCUACGACACGGGCAACCUGCAUAACAAGCACCAGAGAGCCAAGCGAGCACUCUCACACGAGGACAAGCACCUCCACCUCCAGUUCCACGCCCACGGCAGGCAUUUUAACUUGCGGAUGAAGAGGGAUGUCUCUGUCUUUGCUCCUGAUCUGAAGGUGGAGAUCUCAGGAGUUGAGACGCCAUACGACACCUCCCACAUUUACACUGGAGAGUUGUUUGGUGAGAAGGGCAGUCUGACCCACGGCUCCAUUGUGGAUGGGAAGUUUGAGGGCUUCAUCCAGAGUCAUCGUGGCACAUUCUACGUUGAACCUGCUGAAAGAUACCUGAAAGAUCAGAGCGUGCCCUACCAUUCUGUCAUCUAUCAUGAGGAUGACAUUGACUACCCUCAUAAGUACGGGAGGGAGGGCGGCUGUGCCGACCACUCUGUCUUCGAGAGGAUGAAGAAGUACCAGAGGUCUGCUGUCGAGGCCGCUGCAGAGGAGAGUAGCAGACGGCACCAGGAAGAGGAAGAAGAAGGUCCCUACCAGCCAGUGAUCCUGAGGAAGAGGCGUGCCGCACAAGCCGAGAAGAACACCUGCCAGCUCUUAAUCCAGACCGACCACCUGUUCCUCAGAUACUAUGGCACCAAGGAGGCGGUCAUAGCGCAGAUAUCCAGUCAUGUGAAGGCCAUUGACUCCAUCUAUCAGAGCACAGACUUUCAGGGCAUCCGUAACAUCAGUUUCAUGGUGAAGAGGAUCAAGAUCAAUGGCACGAAGGAAGAGAAGGACAGUUCAAAUCCAUUUCGCUUUGCUAAUAUCGGUGUGGAGAAGUUUCUAGAGCUGAAUUCUGAGCAGAACCACGAUGACUACUGCUUGGCUUACGUCUUCACUGACAGAGACUUUGAUGACGGGGUCCUGGGACUGGCCUGGGUCGGAGCCCCCUCAGGGAGCUCCGGGGGGAUCUGUGAGAAGAGCAAACUCUACUCAGACGGCAAGAAGAAGUCUCUCAACACAGGCAUCAUUACAGUGCAGAACUACGCUUCCCACGUGCCCCCCAAGGUCUCCCACAUCACCUUUGCCCAUGAGGUCGGGCACAACUUCGGCUCCCCACAUGACUCGGGGAGUGACUGCACUCCUGGUGAGUCAAAGGUCCAGGAUAAGAAGGAGAAAGGCAACUACAUCAUGUAUGCCAGGGCCACAUCCGGAGACAAGUUCAACAACAACAAGUUCUCCAUCUGCAGCAUUCGCAACAUUAGCCAGGUGCUGGAUAGGAAGAGGAAUUCUUGCUUCGUGGAGUCUGGCCAGCCCAUCUGUGGGAAUGGCUUGGUGGAGUCUGGAGAGCAGUGUGACUGUGGCUACGCUGAGCAGUGUUCGGAUAAAUGCUGCUUCAGUGCCAGCGAGCCAGAGGGCACGAAGUGCAAGCUGAAGCCAGGGAACCAGUGCAGUCCUAGCCAGGGACCGUGCUGUACUUCUGAGUGUAAUUUUAAGGAACCUAAAGAGAAGUGCCGUGAGGAGUCAGAGUGUGCCCUCCAGGGCUUGUGUAAUGGAGUCUCAGCGCUGUGCCCCACCUCCACGCCCAAGGAGAAUUUCACCGCCUGCCACAGAGAGACGCAAGUCUGCAUCAACGGGGGCUGUACGGGCUCAAUCUGUGAGCGCUAUAGUUUGGAGAUCUGUACGUGUGCCAGUGAAGAUGGGAAGGACGACACAGAGCUCUGUCACGUCUGCUGCAUGGAGAAGAUGAAGCCCAACACUUGCAGGAGCACAGGCUCUAAUGAAUGGGCCCGUUACUUUAACAAGACUGUGAAGACCCUGCAGCCUGGCUCACCCUGCAACGACUUCCGCGGCUACUGUGAUGUGUUCAUGAAGUGCCGUCUGGUGGAUGCAGACGGGCCACUCGCCCGUCUCAAGAAGGCCAUCUUCAACCCAAAGCUGUACCAGAAUAUCGCAGAAUGGAUAGUGGGUUACUGGUGGGCAGUGCUGUUGAUGGGCAUUGCGCUCAUCAUGCUGAUGGCUGGAUUCAUCAAGAUCUGCAGUGUGCACACACCAAGCAGCAACCCUAAACUACCCCCUCCUAAACCACUGCCAGGCACACUGAAGAGAAGGAGAGCACAGAACCCAAACUCACAGCCCCAACCUCAGCGCCACCGCCAGCCCAGAGACACCUACCAGAUGGGCCAGAUGCGUCAUUGAGCCCAGCUCUUGCCUUGGUUCUUCCUAGUGCCUACAGCGGGAAACACUUCACUCCAAAGAGUUACCUGAACCAGUCGAUGAACCCCAUCCACAAACUUAGGAACCGGCAAAAAGCAAAACAUAUCCCACCGUGGACUUCAGACUCUGCUCAUGAGAAUGGCAGUUCGGAGGAGAUGGAAGAAACCACUGCUCUUUCAGGCAGCCAUCACAGCUGCCAUCACAGCUCAGAGAAAAAGACGCAAGCUGUCGUUGAGGAGAGAAUCACUGCUUUCUGUUCUUGGCUUGUUUUGAUCUUUUUUUGUUUGUUUGCUUUCACCCCCUACCUGCCGUGGGCGCCUCCCUUUAAGCCGAGUGGUUCCCAGCGCUCCUCUUUCACUUCUUUUUUCCUCCUCAUUUAUUUUGGUUUUCUGAAGCAUUGCCCUCCUGGGCACAAGAGCAUGAUGGGAAGUCAUAUGGAUUAUGCUGCCAGCACAGGCAAAGGCAGGCAGGCGAAAGACCUUUCCACAGACUCAUUUGCCAAUGUGUGAUUUAAGGAUGUUCUGAAUGAAAAGCAAACAUUAUAAACAAUGCAAGUUUUUCUAAGUUCACUUAACUCUCUCUCUCAUGCUAAGUUCAGUUAUUCAUUUAUCACAAAAUAGUGUUUCUUCUUCUCCUUCUCCUUAUGUGGUUCAUUUUUACCUGUUGUUGGAUAAACAUUAUUUGCUUUUUUGAUUGACACUCAGGACAAAUUUUAAUGCCUAGCGGGUCAGAAGGAAAAGUUGAAAAUUCCUGAUGACUUCUUGGUGAUGUGCUUUUUUUUUUUAACAAAAUAAAUUUUUAUUUUUAUUUUUAUUUUUUUCUCAUGGGCUGCGAGCGAGAUCCUACUCUGUUCUAUGACUGAUAGUGCAUUGACUAUGGAACAGGUCCCUAGGUUUCUGCUUGUGCUGGCAUGGAUUUGGUGUGGUGGUGGGUUAUUAAGAUCAAGUGAGAUCUAAGAUCCUGAGUUCUUUUGAGAGAGAAAAAAAAGAGAGAGAGAGAGAGGGAGGGACCAAGGGAAAAGUAGGGAAGACAGGUUGGGAGAGAGUAAGAGGAAAGUAAGCAGUCAAUGUGAUAGGAAAACAGACAAAAAUUAGACUUAAGAUAUUGUUACUUAGAUGAGCUAGUGUGGUGUCAUUGUAGAUGAUGAAAAACCAUAUUUUGGUACACACUAAUUUGAGCAAAGUAAACCCUGUCUUCUCACUUCCCACGUAUUCUCACUGCACCUUUUAAAAAAAUAUUUUAUAUAGUUUUUGCAGACUUUCGUGGUUUUGUCAUCUGUCAGAUCUUAGACGAGACACAAGCAGCAGAAGAACAGACCUGUUUGUCAUUCCAGCUGGAAGAGGAGAAGAAGAAACGGAAGAAGCAGACAUACUCCAGAGCUUCUUUAGUCACGCUUUCAAUUCUUGUGGCUGAUGUUCUGGAGCGGUGACUGCAAUUGGAUGCUCUGACGCUCUCUUGCUCCAAUGGGACAGGCGGUGGGUUCAGAGGGCAGAAGCUGGACCCAGACAGCAACAUGAAAGACUCUGUGGUUGCUUCACCAGUAUCUCAUAACAAAUAAAGCCUGUAAGGAAAUGAGGCAAAGCACCUCCAGCACCAGCUCACCAUCCCUGUCCUUGACAAAGCCACUCCAGAUUUCCAGGUUGUCGUCUCUUAUGUCUUGCAGGUGCACACCACCAGUUUUUAUUCUUGGGCAUCACAACACCCACAAGCGCUCUCAUGCAGGCGAUUAAGUGCUCAUCACACACUGAAACGCCCAACGCUGCACCCGAACAGAGGCUGGACAGGUUUCUGCAUGUGUACCUGUUCUGCAGUGGUCCUUGGGAAGUGGUUAUUGGAGGACAGAUCCAAGGCAGCAAGUGCAGCCCGGUGUCUUUUAGUAGCUCUGGCCAUCCGCAACUCUGACUCACACGGACUUCUCUCUCCCGUAUCUCUCUCUCAGUUUGUUGCCAAGACCUUACAAUAACAUCAGAUAUAUUCAUAUCCUCACUGAAAUAAGUUGAGCCUUUUCAGCAUAGCGAGCAUAAAAGGGAUCAAGAUGUUUCAUGCAGAUUUGUUGGAUGUUCAGUCUUCUUUUUUUCACAUUUUUGAGUGCUCAACCACUUUCAGUUGAAUACAUUACAUUUCUCCCAAACGUGCCACAAUGGAUGCAGGGUUUAGAAGGUUCUCUCAAACAUUGACAGCCUGCAAUAUAUACAUGGUCUCUCCCACAUCCAGUGCUGGCCAGCAGGAUCCUUCAAGAUGGCACAGAGCCAAUUCAUAUUCAUUUCAUCACAGGACCUACUAUCAAACACCAACCCACCCCCUGAAAAAAUGUAUAAACUCUCUUUUUUUCCUUUCUUUUUUUAUGCAUUGUGUAAAAUGAGGUUUGUGGUGGUGUUGGAAUUGAGGUUAACUGAUUAAGCCUUGAAUAACAUAAUUAUUCUCUGUUUUUUCUGUGGUGGGGUGGGGUACAUGGAGUAUAGUGGAGAGAACUUUUAAUUUGAAUAAGUGUCCCUUGGAUUCCCCCCCCCCCAUGUCUUGCUUUAAGCAUAUGAGGAAUGUGCACUGAUAUAUACACAAUGCGUUGUGUGGAGAGAAUUUAAAAUUCAAGAUGGAGAAAAAUGUCUAAUACUACUGUUUGAUCUUAAUGGCCGCUGUGUUUUAUACAGUAAAUUUGCUUGUUUUUUCUGGUUGUUUUCCUUUUUCUUUUCUUUUUUUAUUUACUUUUGCCCGUUCUUCCGUUUAUGCUCACUUUGAAAGAUUUUUACUAAAACUGCAAAAAGUAUUGUGCAAAGAUACAUCUUUUUUUUUUUGAAGUACUUGAAAAUGCAUUAAUAAAAAAAAUAGACUUGAUCAAAAA